AUGAAUCUGACAAAAUGGGAGGAAUCCGUUUUAAACGAUACGUGGAAAUUUUCGUCAGAACAAGUGAAAGAGUACAUUGAGAAAUACUUCAAGAACAACGAAAGUAUGAAGAACGCUGUACUUAAACAUGUCACGAACAAUGAGAACCUUGUCAGUUUUGCUCAUAUUCCUAUGCUGUGUUAUCUGUUGUGCUUCGAGAUGGAGUAUACCCUUGCUGAAUCAGAAAAUCCUGAUGACCUUCCUGUCUCAAUAACCAACAUUUACACCAAACUUGUUGAUAUCUUUGAACUUAAGCACUGCGCCGAGUCAGAAUACAGACAGAAAGAAAUUCCUGAGCAAUUCAAGCCCCCUUCUGUCAUCAAGAACACAUUAGAGAAAUUAUCAAAACUAGCGGCGAAACUGGUGGUUGAGAGAAAGCCAACUUUUGAUGAAGGGGAGAUGGAAGGCGAGUUUGAGCUGGAAGAAGUCAACAAACUGAAAGGUAGCGGUCUUCUUUACUGUGAUCAGCCUUUCAGGACUGGACUGAUUACAACCACGAAGCACUUUAGCUUCACGCAUCUAACCGUCCAAGAAUUCUUGGCUGCUCGUUGGUUUGUUAAGGAAAAUUGUGUUCCAGACGAAGAAGGCUCUGAAAUGGUUUUCCAAUUCAUGGCUGGCAUGUUGUCAAGUGAAGGAAACGAGGAACUGAUGGAAAAAUUAUUAGAUUCACCCUUUAUGCAUCGUAAUCUUAAAAUGACGUGUCUGAAUGAGUAUCAAAACAAAGAAUUUGCCAAAAAAUUCAUCAGGAAUAAUCCGCAAGCGUUUUGUAAUUCAGACGGCGUCGUGGCUUUUGAGGUUUUUUCUGAUGUGGGCUGCAUUGGUGUAUCAUUUGUGUUGGACAUUAUCAGUGAACUAAAUAAAGAGGAAGCUGGAGAGGCACAACACAAAUGUUCUGAUAAGUUCGUCAAAGUUAAGAAGGUAGGACUUAGCGGACCACAGCUAACACGGUCUGGAAUACAACGAGUCUGUAAUUCACUGAACAAUAAACACUGUCUUGUGUCUAAACUGAACUUAUUGGACAUUUACUUGGCUGAUGAAUGUGUUGAUGUUAUUAAUAGAUUAGUAGUAAGGAAGUUAACCGCAUUAAGUUUAGUGAGCACUUGGAUCACUGAUACUGGUGUUGCCAGUCUAUGGGAAGCUUUACAGCAUCCAAGCUGUAAGCUAACCACACUAAAUCUGCAGAGUAGUUCUAUCACUGAUACUGGUGUUGCCAGUCUGUGUAAAAGCUUUACAGCAUCCAAGCUGUAAGCUAACCACACUAAAUCUGCAGGGUCGUGCUAUCAAUGAUACCGGUGUUGCCAGUCUAUUUGAAGCUUUACAGCAUCCAAGCUGUAAGCUAACCACACUAAAUCUGCAGGGUAGUUAUAUUAAUGAUAUCGGUGUUGCCAUUCUAUGUGAAGCUUUACGGCAUCCAAGCUGUAAGCUAACCACACUAAAUCUGCAGGGUAGUUAUAUUAAUGAUAUCGGUGUUGCCAGUCUAUGUGAAGCUUUACAGCAUCCAAGCUGUAAGCUAACCAGACUAAAUCUGCCUUCCUUUUCUUAGUCGCAAUUCUUAAAGCUAUAACUCAGAGACACCGACCAGCUUUAAACCUGUCUUUUGAGGGUCGUCUAAAUCUUAUAUAGUUUCAUCAAUUUUCAGUAGAUUUUUAUAUUUAAACAAAAUAAAUAGUUGCAAGUCAAAUCUUAAUUUUGUGUCAAAGAGACUUACCAGGUAGACGAAUAAUUUUUAAUCACUAGAGUGAAAAACAACGCUUAAUGUAAAUAGAACCGCAAAUAUUUUGUAAUAAAGGUUUUUUUUACUGGCAACAUUGUUUACUGUACUUGGUUUGUGGGUGUACCCCACUCGAGUGGUGACAAGUAAGACUUGGGGUCGGGGGAGGUGUGGAGGGCAAUCCUCCGAGAGGCUACUGGGCAUCUAAGGAAGCUUUCGGACAAGAACAUUUAGUUAAAGUUUCUCGAGGUAAGAAAAAAGGAAAAUGUCUUCCCGUUCACCUGAUUCUGAUUUAAUUUUUGGUGAAAUUACACCCUUCUAAGUAUUGCCAAAAAAAUAUGGUUUUCUUGUUUUUUUUUUUUUUUUUUUUCAAUAAGCAAAAAUUUUUCGUUUCAACUGUCCGCCAUUACACUGUACCGAUCAUUGCAAAAAUUUUUCAUCCUCGUUUAAGUUGUUCAGCUUUGUAAAGUUAAGUUCCAGACGAAUUACAUGUAGAAAGCUGGAUCGAGGGAUAGAUUAGGAGGUUAAAUUUCCCACUCGAGAACCCAGCCUAUGUAGCAUGCACCACCGGUUUUAACCUUUUUGGAGUAAGUUGCCGUGGUGUAUCCGAACUCAGAUUAGUUCACAGAUUGGACAUUUAAUCUCUGGUUUCACCAAUUAAUAUCUCGAGUCAGCUCUGUUAGUGCCGCUCGACAAAGACGCAAAAUGGUGAUGGGAACAGAUUAAACGGAAAAAUUUGUUUUCUUUUUUAAUUGAGGUGGUAUGUUUGGCGUUUUACAAAAACGGUGAACUUAAUACUGAGUAAGUUUGCAAUAACGUAAGAGAGCUUUUGAUACUAUUCCUUUACGAGACCUGCCUCCGUUAAAGGCUCCCUCUCCCCCUUCCCUGGCUUGCUCACAUUCACACGAGCACCUACAAAGCAACAGACAGAGGAAGCCACUGUCCGUUUUUCGAAACCGGUUUUGCUAUCUUUAACAGUUCUUCUAAGAACCUCAUGGCCACUAUUGGAGACAGAAAAGUCAGUGCUAUACUCGCUAAAAUAAGAGACAGCCAAACGCCGCUGAUCUUGCCAAUUAAAUCUCCCCAGAAAAACAGUCAGCCUCCAAACGUUCCAUUGUGAAGGCACGCACUAAACGAGCCAGUGCAGAAUUAAACGACGACUUGCGUUCGUCAAAACUAGCUUCCAAAAGUUCUAAGAGUUACAUGAUUAGAUAAUGUAUACGAGUAACACCGCUCUUAUAACAUGAGAGUUCGAUCCCUUGGGAUUUUUGGUGUGUGAAAGGCUAUUACCUGAUACAGCACUUAGCAGCCUACCCCUUUUUCAUAAAUUGCACAAUUAAUUUAUGACAAAAGGAACCUAGAGUAAUUCUAAGUCGCACGGUUACUGAUCAAAAUUGAAAUCUGAAAUCUUCAACUCCGAUGUAUUGCUCCUCAUUUGGUCCCAAAAAUUUCCCUUUUGAUCACCAGGACACAUUAUGUUACAGCUUCAGGUACUAAAGUUUUUGUGGAUUCCUUUUUUAUAUCCUGGUAUUCAAUGUAGUAAUUGUGGUUUUACUGUAGCUCGAACUGUCCUUGUUUUCUGUUCCACAAAACUAUCCUAAACGGAUGCACUAUUUCAGUCCGAGCGAAAUUCCAAAUGAAAAUACGGCCGAAAACAUUUUAAAAAAAUGAAUACUUAGAUUUAUUCAAAGCGCGCAAAUUUUAUUACCUAGUACGGCUGAAGGAAGUGGGGUAUGGGAAAAUAAGGACCAAGUAAGUAGCAAUCAGAACGCUCCGAUUUACCUCUGGACUAUCUCGCCAUAUGAUAUUCCAGUACAGUGGUACCACUAAGCUUCACUAGGCUUGUUCGGCCAAAAUGGCUGGAUGUUGGCCGAGUUCUUUUUUUGCGUUUUUACGGACUGGAACGAAGUCUUGAUCUAGAAAAAUGCAAAAAAAAAAAUUAGUUUAAUAUCUAGCCAUCUCGACCGAACAAGCUGGAUAUAUAAAGGAUUUGUUAUAUAGCAAAAAGGUUUCGCUUUCUUGAGAAUCGAGAAUGACUUGUUUAAUUCAAGAGCCGGGAGAAAAGCCAACUGCGUUUGUAAUACAGUAUAAUGCCCACGAGAGUUGCCUAUGUUUUCUUUACAAUUUAGUGUAAUCAACAGAGUUGAUAACGUAAAUUGGCCGCCGCAGAGAGUUUAAAGGCUGACGUUUCGAGCGUUCGCUCUUCGUCAGAGCGAUGACUUGGGGCGAAUGCUCGCAGCCGGCGAUAAGAUAAAUGUCAAUAUAUGUAUUCUUCAUUUCUUUUUGAACAGAUAAGUUGCUUAACUUGAGAUAUUCAUUAACUGUGCGAGAAUUUUGAAGAGCAAAAAAAGUUUGGAAGCCAGUCUAGUGAUGUAGGUAUGAAUACUCCUGAUAGAACUGAAAAGGCUGGAGAAAACGGAGGUAAGGAGGUGUUUAUGGAAUUUGUACAUAAAAUCUGAUAAAAUAAAUCUGACAAGAUCAAAAGAUUUCAUGGUUUUUAAGGAUUUAAAGAAAGGGCUAAUAUGUUCUAAGAAUGAGGAGAAAGUAAUAAUACGAAUGACACGUUUCUGAAAAAGAAAUACGGGAUGGAGAUUGAACUCAUGAGAAUUACCCCACGAUAUUGAAGAAAAAAUAAAAGAGAGUGUACAGGAGCGUAGUAUAAAUCGACGAUGGUAUCGAUAUUCACAUAAUAUCUCUUUUGAAAGAUUAAUCAAAUGGAAUCAUUCUACGGACUCUUCACCUUUAAACUCUUCCUCAUUAAAAAUUAAAACAUGUGUACUGAUUCCACCGAAAGGACUUGAUACUUCAAGUUCAAAUUUUCCCACCCCACCCAAGCAAGGUUCAAAUUCCCCUCUUCCUGUAAGGCCCCUUUUGGAAAAUUCCCUUGAGUUUCCCGGGAAGGAUGUUGAAGCUUCGAUCGGUGUACGAGUCCGAGCGUCUACAAUAAUAAGCGAAAGCUCUGAAUAUAAAACUUUUUAUCUAUUUAAUAUGACUUUUAAUACGAAUAAGAAGGAAUUUGCUACUAAAGAAUCACUCCCUAACCUGUAAAGUAGUUUCUUAACGUGUAAAGUAGACAAAAACGUACAUUUCCUAUUCAACAAGCAAAUUAAAUUAUGUUAGAACUGAAAGAGACUAGAAACUCGUUUCUAGUCUUCCUUGCUUAACUUUCAAGGCGAAAGGAUUUUUUGCUCAUUUGACAGCUGUCUUCAACAUGGCUGAGUUGCAAGUUGGAUGCGGUUGAUCUCUACUUCGAGAGACUUAUUUGACGUUGCUAAGCAGACGAUUCACGCCAAGGUAAAGUAAUUGAUUUACCAUAUAAUUUUCAGCUCUAUUCCUGAAACUACCCGCGAGGAAAUUGUGUCUUUAGAUCCAAAUUGUUAAACCUCGUGGCUUAGUGCUUAAGUCAGCUCUUCCCGUUUGUUGGAAACAGGUUCAUAUUUUCGAAUCCAUUGGGAAUUGUAACACUUGAUAUGUAUAUAUUUACCAGUUUUUGAGGUUGACCCCGUUAUUUGUUUCCAUAUUUCUGAAUUUGGCUGGAUUUUCUUGGUUGGAUAUUAGCAUGUUACUGGUAAAUAUUUCAAUACGCUGUACGGGAAACAUGCUCAUCAUCGGACAAAUUUCCGGAAAGUUUUCAGGCUUUGAUGGGCAACGAAAGACUAACGAACAACUGACUUUGGAUGCCAGAAUCGGUGGAAAAUUUAUUGUAUUCGGAACAUAGCAAUCAAAACAUGAAACAGUUAGGAUUUCGAUCCUCAAAUAACACAGUUAUAGUUUUAUAGCACUCUAAAUUCCCCAAAUAGCAUAUUCUCCCCCCUAAGAACCAAAAUUCUUAUCAGAAUAAACAUUUUAAAGGUGAUUCUUUCAAGGAGAAUCGAGGUUCUUGAAACAAGAUUGAAUAGAAGAGAGAAUUCUUGUGGUAAGAAUACAUUACAUCUGAAUAUCUUGAAAAGAAUCUCUAUUUCAGAAACUCUUGUCCCAAGAAGCGGGAAUUCUUUUCUCAAGAACGAGAAUUCUUUUCAGCAGGCAAUGAAGUAGAGAGUUCUUCUGGAGAGAAUGUUUAAUUGCAAAUCUCAUGGACAGAAUUGCAAUUUCAGAAACUCUUGCUACAAGAAUCGGGAAUUCUUUUCUCAAAAACGAGACUUCUUUUUAGCAGGUAAUGAAGCAGAGAGUUCUUCUGGAAAGAAUAUUUAAUGAAAAAUCUUACGAACAGAAUUGCAAUUUCAGAAACUCUUGCCACAAGAAUCCGGAAUUCUUUUUCUCAAGAACGAGGAUUCUUUCUAGCAGGCAAAGAAGUAGAAGGUUCUUCUGGAAAGAAUGUUUAAUUGCAGAUCUUGUUAAAAGAAUCGCAAUUUCAGAAUUCAUUAGAUAAGAGGCAGAAUCUCUUAUAACCAAAAUUUUAAUAAGUUAACCUCUAUUGCUGGUAACUUUGAUAAUUGUAGACCAAAUUAUCUGAUGAAGUCUGAUAAAGCUUUGCCACAAUACAGCGGUGUGGAGUAGGUACAAGAACGAUUCCCCGGAAAAAUGAAAUAUGAUGUCGUAGCCGCGACAAUUUACAUUAAAUUUUCUUGUGAACUUUCUCAACACCAAAAUUAAUAACUGUGGAAGCAAAAGACUUAUCUGGAGGUUUGAGCAGUUCAAAAAUAGUCCUUAAAUUUUUAUUAUUGGAGUCUUUUGUUCGCCCCAUGUAAGGUAAUCCAGGACAGUAUUAGAAUUCUGGAUUCCACGCUGUGGAUUCCGGAUUCCAGGUGCUGGAUUCCGGAUUCUACCGUUGCAGAUUCCGGAUUCCAAAACACAAAAGAUUCCAGAUUUUAGUUUCUGGUUUGCCCCUAAUUUUCGCAUUGCGUUUUCUAGGAAUGACUUCCAUAACUGUCCGUCUCUUAAGUCCAAUGUCCAUUCAUUCCACAUCUUUUUAGCAACUCUGAAGAGGCGAGGCCGCAUUUCUUUCAUACAGGUUCCUCGAGGUUCUUCAAGUAAUUUAAAAGUAACAAAGAACUAAUAGUUCAAAUCUUUGCGUAUCAUUUUUAAUUUGUAAAUAACUGUUAGACUAAAAAGUUUUUUCAGUGCAGCAUAACAUUGUUCCGACUGGGAAAAGAUGGCUGGGAACCUGGUAAUAUCUUAUCUUUGUCGCACCGAGAUAUGAUGCCUCAUGAAAUUUUAAAUUUGUUAUUCCAAAUGCCAAAUAUCAAAGAAAGCGGUUUACGUUUAAAUGCCGAACAUUCGACCUAUAAAUAGACCUUUCCUGGCUCCCACAAAUAUCCAUAUAUAACUUUGUUCAAAGUUUAUCAUAAUUGGAAAAGUGAAAUCCGUCGCCUUGAUAAGCUCACUCCUGCUAAUCUUGGAAGCGACACUUCCCUUUCACUCUCCUAGCUACUCUCUGAUCCUUUGGAGUUUGAUCCUCAUCAUCUCCAACAUCUUCGUCAUCAGGGUCACCAUUAACAAGCCUGCAGGACCUAUUGUCCUCCUCAGACGUUAGAGUGAUGCUUGAACCCUCGGCAGUGAAUCCCAAAACUCGGGUUAGAAUGAAAUUGGGUGAGCUCCGAUCACAGACAUCGCCGUUCAGCCAAUGAAAUUGUACUUUCUUUCGUAAAAAGUUGCCUCCAUCUACUUCUAAUUGAACGUCUUGUAAGAGAAUAGCCAGCCAGAAAGGUGAAAUCUCACAGCAACGAUAUCCUUAUUGUGGUAAACAGUUUGCACCCGCACAGUUCUACCCUGCAGUACGACAUUAGCAUCUUUUUAUUUGGCAGGCUGUUGUUACGUCUUAGUAGUCUUCCGAUGAGGCUGUGAUGAUAGAGGGACGCAUGCUGAAGGCAUAUGGAAGUGUGCCAGUCAACUCUUUCGUCUUUGAGCGAACGUUUUCCUGUCGUACACCUUUUCCAUAUUCUCCGACAAACUCUCGCAUUACGGCUUCUCGCCUUUUGCCCUCCUCUUCUCUUCCUGUUCCCUUGAGAAAGAAUACACGCUAGAAUGAAUUUUGACAGAAAACUGUUGUCAUGAGUAGCAAAAAUAAGUCCUAUAUUAUGGCAUUUUAAUAGUGUUCCGCUUAUAGCAAUUAAUUCGAAUUAAUCUACCUGGUCGUCGUCGUUGUUUUGGUGAUCUUGAUCGUCGCCUUCGAGAGGGCGAUCGCUCUGAUUUUUCGAGGAGGCUGCAAAAACGAAGAAAGUGAUAGUGUUAAGGCUACAUCACGUGUUGUUAAUUGAGUUUUCAAAAACUUUUUUCGGUUCGUUAGAAUAUAACAGUUAAUAUACCUCGGUGUACGUUCGUUGCGAGACCUUGAUCGCCACCUUGGUGGAGAUGUCGAAGGUUCAUACUGUUCACGAAAAGGCCUGCAAGAAAAAAAAAAAAACUUAGUUAUUUUCGAAAAGCCCAAUUUUAAGAAUGAUGGUGCGGGUUCUAGCGCCUGGGCCAGUCCAUUUUUCAGUUCCAAAACUGACAGUUUUAUUGUACUUCUGAUUUACAAAAUUAUCACACCUUAUUGGGCCAGGUGAUCACCGAGCUCCAACAACGGGCCUCAAUGCUUGAACCUAAAGUCCGGCGGUUAGCCAUGGCUAAGCACAUGCAAGUUAGCGCAAUAAAAUAAGUCUCUCAUAAACAAUGAUGGUUUAACCAAUAAACUCCCAGAAAAGACUGACAUGUGACUUCUCCCUAUAAUAUCUAUAUGUUUUUCAGCAAAGGGUUCAUGGGAAUACUCAAAAUUAUCAGGUUGAAGUUGUCAUCUUGAUAUUACACCAAAGUUUCGUAGCUAAUUUACGAGGAAUUGUGUAGCAGCUAGAGGGGAGAAUUAACAAUCAGAUCUUGGAAAUUAAAGGGCCAAAUGUGAUUCACGAUUCGAGCGGAAUUUUGCGCAAAAUAAGCGAUUUCCAUGACCAGUGUCAGGUAGCAUAAUAAAAUAUUUAACGAGCAGAGUUUAUUCAAACCUCUAGCGUAACUGAUGUCAAAACGACUAAAGGCCUAAAUCGCUGCUAACAAGCGAGUCAUGCUGUGUGUUUGUUGCGUUUCAUCAUUUAACGAGGCGUAAUACAUUGUUGUUUCAUGAGAUGCAAACAAUUGGCCGAGUAUUCUCAAGUUUAGUAAAGCGAUUUUUCGAGUCUUCCAACUUCUUUUAAACUUCCGAAUUCUACUACAUUUAAACAGUUAUUAUUGACUAUAGUUCGUCAUUAAAACCCCUGUCGUUCCUGUUUGCUCGUUGCAACCCCUAAAAAAAAUUAGUGUUUCAUAAUGGACAAAAAUCCCCAAACCUCGAUGGUCUUGAACUCGCGUAUUUUUCUUUUUAGUCUUUCUUUCUUCGGUUUCUUGGGCUCCUGAAGAUGCAUUUUCAGUAUUUUUUGGUAAAUUUCGCUGGAGGUUAAGUUAGUUCAAAAUGGAACAAAGAAUCAAUUGAAUCAUUACAAUGUUACACUUACCUUUCCCUCUCCGCCUUUUGCUUUUUCUUGUGCUUCCCCAUAGAUUAUGAUUAAAGUAUCGAGAUUUAGGGAAAGAGCAAAUCGAACAAACAAAUGAUAUAUCAAUUGAAGAAGACACUGGAAAUUUUCUGUAAUACUGCGGCUUGUGUCACUCCACGUGCUCUGAGUGACUGGUGCAGUUUUGACAGUUCCUGGCUUUCGUCUGGCUUCUAAUUACAACUAUGCUUCCACGGCCAUCAGCAGGAGAAUAUUACUUUUUGAUGCUCUCAUUAUGAUUUAAGGAAAAUGGAAAUGCGCCCCAUUUGCUUAAAAAACCGGCGGGGAAAGCAGGCAAAAGCAAAGCAUCCAAGUUGUUAAUAGUUAGAUUAUUUUCACAGAAAUUUAAAAAUUCCUAGAUUUAUAGGAAAACUAAAACGUAUCUUUUUUACAAAGUCACCUUCCAACUGUUGUUAUGACAACCAGUAAGUUAAUAGUCACAGGACGUCAUAGCGGCCAUAUCAUUAUUUAGAGGUGUUCCAGAACAAUCAAAUAGCGGCUAUAUUGAUGUUCCAAGCAAAUCCUGUGGGAUUUGAACGCUUCAGUGAUAUAAACACUUUCUAAAUUUGAUUGACCACGUGAGUGAACUGCACUGUACAGUGGUUGCAUGGACGCGGGUGAAAGCCGUUAAUAUGAUUUGAAAUGGAUUUUCAGCAAGCGGAUUCUGGAUUCCCCCUUUUUAGCGGGAUCCUGGAUUCCAAAAGCUGGAUUCUGGAUUCCAGAGCCCAGUAUUCCGGAUUCCACAAACAAAAAUUUCCUGGAUUCCGGAAUCCGGAUUAUCUUACAUGGGGCGAAAUAAUAUUGAAUAGUCCGCCAUAAAGAGAAGUGCACCACCCGGAAACUCGUCUCUAGUCUUUCUCGGUUAUUCUUCUCUCAAACAGGUUUAGGCAAAACCCCGAAUAGCGUUCGUACCAAAGUUUCCAAACUGGCUCAGGUGCGAGUAGGAUGCGGUUGAUCUCUAUUUCGAAAGACUUGUUUGACGUUUGUAAGAGGACGAUUCUAGCCAAGGUAAAGUUAUUUGUUUACCAUAUGCAUUCUUUUCACUUGAUUCAUGUUAUUAGUCGAGAAGGACUUGUUUUAACCCUCGUAGCUUGGUGCUUCGUCAGCACUUCCUGUUUGUUUAAGUGAUGCUUGUAUUUUAGGAAUUGGAGCUUAUAGUUAAUCUUGAUAUCACAAUCGGUAGUUUUUUUAUCUCAAUUGAUUUACUUAUUUGUUAUUAUUUUAUCGAAUCUUGACUGGAUUCGCUCGGCUACGAGGCAUGAAACAUGUGUUUUAAGAGACAAAUGGUUGAAAUUCGUGGACAUGGGUUGAUGUCAGAUCUAGAGUCUGUUUUAAAAGAUAUUGACAUUAUUGACAGACGCUUGCGCAAUAUGAUAAUGAACUGUAGUCUGUUGAAGUGUUUUUGGUUUCAGAUGAAUUUUCGUCUUUCAGCUUGACCUUUCAUCGUAGCAAUAUGAUGCGCUCCGCAAUCAAACAAAUCAUCACGAGCAAUGCGAAAUGAAACGGUUUACAUUCCGGUACGUGAACACUGAAGUGAGCGCCUGUUGCAAUGAAUAAAACAGAACAUCAUUCACAAUCUUAAACAGUAUAUUUUACUUCUGAUCCUCAUCGAGGGUGAUCAAGGCAGGUUCGAAGUUUCGAAGAAUUUAUCACCUGCGAUGCAAACACCAAAUUGUUUACAUUCCGCGACGUAAACAUCUUAAGGAGCGUUGAUCGCCAUGAAUUAAUUGGAAAGCAUAUUACGGAGUAUUUGUUUCGUUACUUGCUCAAUGAAACAUGUGUUUCGAUGCCAUGAGUAAUAGACAUUCUCUCUCCCAGCUGAUUCAUCAAGAACUCAAAUCAAAUCCAAAAGUUAUUUGUUUCACAUUGUAAUGUAAUAUAAUGGAAACUUGUAGCACUGAAUAACAAAGGCACAUGAGUCGUGCAUUUUUUUCGACCGUGCGCGUAAAAAAAUCCUAUAUACGCGUCUGACUACCCUGCGUCUGCGAUGGUUGAUUAUACAUAGGACCAGGGAGAGUAAGAUUUCAGCGGAAGGUGGAGGUUUCGUUCGAUUCUCGUAUUUCAUGUACGUGAGAUGUCGUUUCGCCUUAUUUUAGACAUUUAUACCUUGUUUUAGAUGGUUUUAGAUAGUUUGCGAGUGGCUGUAGAUGCUUUUGAGGUGGUUGUUGAAAUUGUUGAGGUGCUUGUAGAUGGUGGUAGGUGGUUUUAGAUGGUUUUAGGUGGUUUUAAGUCGUUACAUGUUUUAGUCCUUACGACUGUAGUGCUUCGGUCAGCAACUUCUGCAUGUUUGUUGAAGACAUCUCUGUACUUGCCAACCAAUUGCGUAUUUGUAGUAGUGGCCUAAUUCAUUUGGGCCUUCAAAUUGGAAAUGUGUUUUCAAAUUGUACAAUUUAAAUCAAUUUUUUAGUUUACUCCUGGCUAGUUGUGAAUUUAACCUGAUACAUUCCUUCAUUUUAAGCCUAAGGAACAACUGAUACAUGUCCCUCUACUCCAGAAAUACUGAAAACUGCUGCUUAUAAGCCGCCCCUCUUAAAAGCCCCAGUCCAAGUUGUCAAGUCUUUCACAUGGAGCGUGAGACCUCACGCAAACAAUUUUAAUAUUAUGUUCUCAAGCUGAAAAUAAUUAUUGUUUCUUAUGGCAAACUGCUGCUUUUGUAAACCCUUUAACUCCCAAGAUCUGAUUGUCAAUUCUCCCCUCCAGCUGUUACAUAUUUCUUUGCUAAUAAUUAAUUGAACAUUUUAGCUUGAAUUAGUUGUGUACAAACAAUAUUUUACCAAGGAGAUAACUUUCCUGGAAUCAGAACCAAAACAUUGAUGUUUUCUCUAUUUACACAAUGAAAACGGCAAGUGAUUGAAUCUUUGCUGUCAGUUAGUGAAAAUACCAACAGUCUUUGAAAUGGAGUAUGUGUAGACCAAGGAAGAAACCUUAAUUUGUAACACUUUUCCUCUUAUUGCACCAUGCUGUAUUGCUUGCCAAAAAAGUAAUUAAUUGUUUUAAUAGAGUUUAUUUUCAAAGGGGAUCGAUAUAUACCAUCAAAUGAGCAAUUGUAUUAGGAACAUGAUCCUGAUUGUCUAUGUGCCGGGUCACACUGGAGUGAAUUAAAAUAUUUGCACAAACCCAAAAUUGCAAAAAUUUUGAAAUUUCCAAUUUUUGGUGGUGGUUGCAUAAAACUAGUAUCCUCUGAACAAAACUUCAUCAAUUGACACAUAUGUCAAUCACAAACCCAUCUCCUUCUAUUAAAAGAUAAAGAAAAAUUCUUGCUCAAAUUACUGGGCAAAAUUGGAUUGUCAUUAAAAGAUUAUCUUCGCAGCUUUCUGGUUUUUGUGGAAUUUUGCAUUUCUUUCUCAGCAAAACAACAUAGUGUUUUUUAUAUUGUUGGUACAUUAUCAGCAGGCUUCUAUGCAGCUAGUAUCAGCUUUUAGACAUAGAAGGCAAAGAGUUUGCCUAAAUAGAGCUCACUUUCAAAACCAUCCUUAGGCGAGGACUCUGCAUUCAGCAGAGUUGUUGUUUGAGACUGCAAGGACCAUGUAUCAUUCUGCACUUUCUCUUUUUUAUGCCAAUCUUUUUGGUUGCAGCUUGCACCACUUGUGCUGGCUUCAUUUCUAUAAUUCCAACAGAUGGAGAAGUACUUGUUUAAACUGAUUGUUCUCCAAAUUGCCACCAGUGGCUGAGCCUAGGGUACAAGUCAGACAUUAGAAUAAAAAUGUUGAUCAAAUUCCUAGUUUCCCUCCAAAGAAAACUGAGGGUCAGAUGGACAAGGAAAAAAAAAUUGUCUUGCCAUUGCAUGCACCAAAUUACACUGUCCAACAGACCACAGUAUAUUUUUCCUGCUUAAAUUUUAUUUAAAUAUGUAUUGAAUAUGAUGACAGCCAGAUGGUAAAAAAGAAAUCAAGAUAGUUUGAUUUGCCAAAAUUUGGAAGCCUCAGAGGCAGGACAUUGCUCCUUUGAGGAUUGGCAAAAUUAUGGCGAUCCGCAAAAUUUGGCAAAGUUUUGAAAACUGGGAGUUGCUCUUAUUUUACACUAUUUUUUUUGACAGGUUUUUGCUUAAACAAUACCAAAAAAAAAAAAAGCUCUGGUGCGACCCAGGCCUUUAUUUAAUUCAAAAGGAGUGUGAUCCUAGGAGAGCACCGUAUUCUUUUUUUGUAAAUGAUGAACAUUACCAUUUACUAACAACAGUGGGAGACAUAUUGUGGCUUAAUGGUCAGUGUACUGGACUCUGGUUACAGAGGUCUGGGUUCAAGACCUGGCUGAGUCAAAGUGUUUUGUUCCUGGGCAAGAAACUUUGCUCUCCCAUGCCUCUCCACCCAGGAGUAUAAAUGGGUAUUGGUGAAUUGUUAGGGAAGCCUGAUGAAAUGCAAACGGGGAGUACAGACAUCUUUUCUAACCAAUGACAGUACCUCUGAUCUCCCACAGCACUUCAAAAAUGUUAUGGAAUUUUCUGGGAUGUUAGAGGCAAACCUUGUGGGGAAAAACGGGAAACUUGUUUACAUCAUGGCCAUGAUAAUUUAUUUUUCUUUACAUAACAAUAAAUAGAAAACCAAAAAAUGCUCGGAAUAAAGCAUUGCAAACUGGUAAAAAGUGAUUAACAUGUAUAUAUGGCUCAGAACCAGAGAAACAUUUUUUUUGCUAUUUUGACAAACGAAAGCUGUUUGAUUAGUGUGAUCACUCAAAAGAAGUUUUUGGAUCAGAAAUAAUCUUUCAUGGAUUAAAAAGAUCUUAAUUAAAAUGAACAGUAACAUGAUUUUUUGUGGAAAACCUAAACACAUUUAACGAGUCUUCAGAAGAAUAGUGUUAAUUUCCUUGAGAUAUGUACAUUACUGUGUGGGUUUUAAAGAAUUGUGUGUCCCCCCCUGCCCCAUCUGCCUUUUUAACCCUUAACACCCUAAGACAUUGGUAUUCAUAUUCUCCACAAUGGUCUCUUUACAUUCCUUAUGAUACUGACAAGGAGAAUUUGUUUGACAAUCAGGAACUUCUUAAAUUGGUGAUCAUUUCCUUUAUUCUUGUGACCUCUACAUUUGAUUCAUGAGUGAUACUGUGAGGAGAAAUUAGAAGCCAAGGGGUCAAAGAUUUAAAAAGGAAGACAAAAAUUGUUGUAUAAAUUUUUCGGGUGAUAACAAAUUUAAUGUUAAGUACGUGGAAGGACAUUUUGGCGGCAGGAAGUUCAAAUAAUGACUUUCGUGUGUAUUUUUCUUUACAGAAGACAUGUCUCCAUGGCUUCUGCCACUCCAUCAUAUCCUUCUACAAAACGAACCUCUAACUAUGCCCAGCUGUGUCGCCUUCUUGUUGAAGUUGGAUCACAUGUUCUAAGGGAGAUCUUUGACAGGGUAUGUCCACCAGAAAACCUUCAGGCAGUUCUGACAAAUCCCACAAACCGUGCCAAAUUACAAACACUUCGAAAGAAGAGAGUCCUGAGUACCUCCCAGUGGGAGAAACUGUAUUCUGUCGUCAAAUCAUCAGUUUCAUCAAGAAACUUUGACAGCUCCCUGCUGCUACUUCUUCUGAGAAAUAUCUUUGGUCUGACUCUCCCUGCCUCUGGCUGUAAUAACCUUCCUCCAAGAUCAGACACCUCUCCAGAAGCUGACAUCACUCGAUCGCAUCAAGUUUUUCAGGGACAGAGUUUUCAGUCAUGCCGCUAAUGCUUCAGUUGAUGAUCCAACCUUUAGUUUGUAUUGGAACAACAUCAAAGACACCUUUCUAUGUAUUGGAGGGACCCGCUAUGAGGAAGUCAUAGAUGAUCCUACACUCCAUUGUAUGGAUGCCGAUCUUGAAGAACACUACCGAGAGCUUCUGAGAGAGUGGUUGAAAGGUAAUGACUGCAUCACAGAAAAAUUGCAUGAAGACAAAAUUGUGAUAAAUGCCAGGGAGGGAGGGAACAUGGAGGAUUCAUUUGACAUUUCUGAACAAAAUUCAUGUGUGAGAGGUGUGUGUAAUGUUUUGUUAAACCUGAGUUUUUAAUAAAAAAAAAAAAAAAAAACUUUGUAGAGUCAAUAAUGUAAGUUGAUCAUACUAGAUCAUUAGAUGAUAUGAAUUUCCUGCAGAUUUAUUUUAAAAAAGUCACAAUUAUGCUUAAUUGAAGUUGUGAAUCUUUAUUCUCCUGACAUGUUAAAUGUAACCAUAAUUUGCUUUUUUUCAUCUUUCUUAUCCGAAAAAAACUACAACCUUCUUCCUCAGGGACAGCAAUAAUGCUAGGGGAAAAUACAUCAGCACAGACUGGCAAUAGCAGCCCACCAGAGCUCAGUGUGAAACUCCCAGAGUUGAGUGAUCUUCGCACGAUCUUUAAUCCUUGGAAAACUGUUGAACUUCCUGUUGAUGUUCUUUUUUAUUAACUGUGGAGAACUGUGAGUUCUUAAGCUGCUUUGCCUACCUGAAGGAACCCUUUAAUAGUUACCACAUCAGUACUGGCCCUGUGUACUUUGGGUGCAUGGGUGAUGAUCAAGGAAAGAAGAUGAAAAUUGCAUUGAUGAGGUGCUCCAAAGGUCCUGAUGUUCCUGGGGUUCCUUGUCUGUUUCAAAAGAUGCCAUCUUGCUACUGAGACCUAAGGCUAUAUUUUCUGUUGGUGCCUGCAGUGGUUUGAACAGCAAAAAGGUCAAGUUAGGAGAUGUAGUUGUUUCAGCAAAGCUGAUAACAGCCACACAAAAACUCCCCAGCAGAGAUAUUGGAAACCUGAUCAAACAUGUGGCUGAUGGGUGGAAGGCACCUUUACAAAAUGCAGAUGAAUAUAAUGCCAAAGUGCAUGGUGAUGGAGUGGUUCUGAGUAUCUCAGAGGCCAACAGAGAUAAAAUUUGCCAAUUUCCUGAAGCAAUUGCAGUUGAAAUGGAAGGUGGAGGUAAGAAUUGUAAUAAUUCAAAUAAUUGAUGAGCCAAGAAUGUUUUCACUCAAAGGAAGUGUUUUGAAAAACACUGCUCUGGUAUUAUCCCUGCUGGUCCAAGAAAUAGCAUAUACUAUAUAGCAUGCCAAAUUUGCAGGAAUUAUAUAGUGUGUAUUUAAAGUGGUUUUAUGUUUGGCUGGGGUAGGAAGAUUUUUUGCAUGUGAAGGUGACUGAGAUGUACUGUGGAUAACUACAAUGAAUGUGCUCCUUCAGGAUGUCAUGAAUUGUAUUAAAUUUGUCAUCUGAAAAAUGUAGAAAGUAUCUUGUUAAAUAGUUUGAGAGUUGAGGAAUAGUAUCACAGUCCCUGACUUAACCUGAAACUUCCAUGAGUGACCAAGACAGAGUUUCUCAUCACAGUAUUAAUAUGAUAACAAGCAGACAAUUAAAGGAAAAGAAAAGAAAAUGUCAAUUAGGGAUUAUUGGUUGAUCCAAAACCAAAUUCUCCUAACUAACAUCAUAGGAAUUGUAUGACAGAUAUUAAAGAGAAUUACUGAAGAGAUCUUAGGUGUGUAAGGGUAAACUCUAUCUGAAAGAAGUUUGUCUUUUGAGAAAUGUUGAAAGUUACUUAUGAAACAAUCGAAGCCUGAGGAAUAAUUUUUACAGUCUCAGUGUACAAUUUUUUUAAAUUACUAGUUGAAAAGAUUAGAUUUCAGUACUAACUAACGUCUUUGUGGAAUGUGCAUGUUUACAAACAGGUAGAGUGUGAAUCUUUGCGAGAUUCGAUUGAACAAUUAUUUUAAGGAUGCUAAGAAAAUAAGCUUAAUACAUAGCUAACAGACAUGAGUAUUUUUUUUUUUUUCCAGGAGUGUAUGCGGCAGCCAUGAUUUUAAGACAGAAUGGGUGGUAGUCAAGGGCAUCAAAGACUUUGCAGAUGAAACGCAGUCUUCAAGUAAGAAAUGGAAACAAAUUGCCUGUGUGAUGGCAGCAUCUGUUGUGGCAAUACAUUUUAAACAAUCCAGUCAUAUUCCAAGAUUGGCCUCACUUUAAUGCAGGUAUUGCUUCCUGUCUCAAUGUUCUCUUUUUACAAGGAUAGGUCUGACUUAAAUCUAAGUUCCCUUAGCAUAUUCUUGUAUGGAUUAUAAAUCAAGAUGAGUUAAUUAUAAUUUCUGUAAUAGUUCACAGAUUAGAAAUUAAGUUACCCUUAUUUUGAGUUUACAUACCUGUAGGUUUAACAAGACUCUUAUGGUGGUGGGAGAAAAAACUUGUGUUUAAAUCAAAUGAUGUAACGAUGAGCCAAGCGAACUGACCUGUAUUCUAUAAUUAGCUUGGUUUAUGAAACACAACCAAAAUAUGGAAAAUUCAGUAGCUAAUGACAUUUGCCAAAGUGAUUUGAAGUACUGAUUUGAUAUAUGUUCCUGGGCCAAUAAGCAACACAUCAAAUUGUUUUAAACUGAAAAAAUAGAUUCAUCAAGUACUGCAUGUGUGUCUGUAUUUUGAUGUGAAAACUAUUGGAAUGGAAAGGGAAGAGAUAAAUGCCAGCACACAUCUUUAUGGUUCUGUUUCUUUGUUGUUGUUGUUUUUUUACCCUUUUUUGGAAUCUGACAUGAUAUAGUUUGAGAUGAAUGAAUCAGAUUGUAAAUAAAUUUCUCAGGUAAAUUGCUUUAAAGAGACAACAUUAAUUUUUUGUUUAUCAUUUCAUUUAGGUGCCAAUGAAUUAUCCUCUCAAGGUAAGUCCAACAUGUUUUGAUGAAUGAAAUACUUUGUGUUAUUACGUCCAUAACUUAUCAACCUGACAGGUGGUAACUAGUUUGUAGUAAGGAUUGAGUACUAUUUAUUUCCUUGAUAAAGAAGGUAAUAAGUGUUCUGAGAUAAUUUGUGAACAUGCAUUGUAUAGAGAAUGAUAAUAGUGCUACAGACAAUGUUUGUUUCGAUAGUGAUAUCUGUGAUAAUGAUAGUAAUAAUAAUAAUAAUGAUAACAAUAAUAAUAGUUAACGAUUAACAGUGAACUUAUAUAUGACUGUUUUAACUCUCAUCAUCAGUUACAUUCAUAUUAUUUGUUGAAGUGAUUAAAUUGACAUAUAUUAUUAGAGACAGAGUUUAAAAAAGAAGCAUCAUUUUGAACAGGUUUACCUGAGAAACCAACCAUCACAAAUACAGAAACAGAAGUUGACAAGGAUUUCAUUGUUACCUGGUCAGAAGCUGAGGCCAACAGCAGUAAUUGCAGCGUUAAAUACCGUCUGGAAUGGAGGAAACAACCCGUGACAGGAUCCACAGAAAUGGCUCAACGAGGAAAUAUUGUGGAAACUCACCUCAAGAUUACUGGUCUUGAGUAUGACACAGAGUAUGAAGUGAAACUGUUCGCUGUCAACGAACAAGGAGACAGUGAGCCAGAUGUCAGAACAUUUAAGACAAAGAGUGGUAUGUACCUU